UCCGCGGACGGGACAGCAAGAGUGUGGAAUGUCGAGAGUGGCAAACCAUUGAUAGUCCAGGUAAUCCAGACGGGACACGAGUCGGUAUACGUGGUGAGCUACUCACCCAAAGCGACGAUGAUUGCAACAGGAGGGUACAAAGAAGAUGGAAUCAAAAUCUGGGAUGCAAAAACCGGCAAGCUGCUCUCAACAGUCAAACACGAAUAUGCGGUUUGGAGCUUGGCAUGGACGUCGAAUGAAAAUAAGCUUAUAUCCGGCUCAGGGAAUGGCUCGCUUAGGAUAUUCGACACUGCCACAUGGCAGGAGAUCGCCGUUCUGGACGGUCACAAACAGGUUGUUGAGGCCAUCGCUUUAUUUCGCAAUGACCGCCUCCUCGCAAGUACAUCAUGGGACAAAACGGCACGUCUCUGGAAUUUGGACAAUAACCUCUCCAUCGGUCUACCCCUCAAGCACGCAAAGGAUGUCGAGUUUGCAGCCUUUUCUGCGGACGGAAAGAUGCUAUCCACAGCUUGCGCUGAUGAAAACGCAUACGUGUGGGACAUUCACGCCAUCCUCACAGCCUCUGGCCUACAAAACCUCCUGUCCAUACCUGCACAACAAUCUGGACUCAAUAAGAAGAAGUCAGAUGCAAUAGCUAAUGCUGGGCAACGUCCAGCCUCCCUUCCACUACCAGGUUUGCUUGAUGACUUGCAAGAUUGCGAUCGUUUCCCCACGAGCAACAAUACCAUUUCUCAUCCGUUGGUACAUCGUCGCCGCCAUGCUUCCGCACCCUUCUGGGAGUCGCGUCCACGUACGCUCCAAGUCCGCCUUCUUCAAAUUUUCCACCCUCCACUGGCACAGCUCGACCCUGAUGAAUCAAUCGAACUCCAACAACACUCAGGGCCCAGUACUUCCUCUUUUCCUACUCGUCUUGUCGGAGUUGCUGCGCAACAAGACAACCAAGUGUCGCACGUUGCCCUACCACCAGAACAAGCUAGCGAUAAGGAGAAACGCAUCAAAAAGUCUACAUGGUGGAAUCGUUUCAUCCUGUUCCUCUUUUGUGCGUCUCACUCUUCCGUUGAUGGUCCAAAUUCAUAGUGAGUAGCACAUGUGCAAUAGUUUUCCUGUAUUCCUGUUACUUUGUUUUUUGUCUUGUUGUAGAAUGUCUUUUGCUAUCUUAUCGAUUACGUCGGUUGACAUCUCACAUCCUAACUUGUACGUUAAGAAAUGACGCUACGUACUGUAUAUUCCAUCCACGUGCUCCAGCGCCGGACUCAGUUACUAUGCGUGAAUGCUCCUC